UUCAGUUCCGGUUUGAGUGACACCAACCAAUCAGAAUCCACUAAAGCUCUACGUCACAGCCAAUCGGCUAGCGAUCUUCUCUUCUCGAAAACAUGUCGCCCAUGAAGCUGUGUGUUCCAGGUGACAAGCUGUGCAGUGUAGAAGACUGUAUUCCUGGCACAGGAGUAUACCUGCGGCAUGGUUACAUAUACUCCUCACUUGCAGGAUAUGUGCUGAAGAAAAACGAGGGAGAGGAGUUACCAGUGAUCUCGGUGGUGAGGGAAACAGAGACACAACUAUUACCAGAUGUAGGAGCAAUAGUAACCUGUAAGGUAACAAGCAUCAAUCCCAGAUUUGCAAAGGUACACAUUCUUUACGUCGGCUCCACGCCACUGAAGGACCGCUUCAGAGGGACAAUCAGGAAAGAAGAUGUACGUGCGACUGAGAAGGACAAGGUGGAGACGUACAAAAGCUUCAGACCUGGUGACAUCGUCUUGGCAAAAGUUAUCUCUCUCGGUGACGUGCAGUCGAACUACCUGCUGACAACAGCAGAGAAUGAACUGGGGGUGGUCGUGGCACACAGUGAAGCAGGUGCUCAGAUGGUUCCCAUCAGCUGGUGCGAGAUGCAGUGUCCGCGAACGCACUCCAAGGAGUUCCGCAAAGUGGCACGUGUGCAGCCUGAGUAUUUACAGGCAUGAUCGAGCCCUGCAGCUUCUUUCUUCCACAAGGAACACACAGCUUCCCCUCCCUCCUCCUUCCCACACUGCUGUCAAGCAGCCUCUCGACUCUGUUUCAGGAGAGAGCCUGGAAGACGGGCAGAGUGUUGGCGACGUCUGUUUCAAGACUUUCUUGAGUGUUUUUUUUUUACAGCUUUCCCUUUGCACGUUAUGUCAUCAUCCGUUGUGCUAGCUUGAAAACACAGAAGCAGAUCAAACAGCCAAAUUGUAAGGACAUGUUAUUAACAACGUAACCACUGUUUUACAGACAUUUUGAAGUAAAUCCUUAGUGCAACCAGCAGAAUGCAGUUUAGGCGCAGCUGUCAAACUUUUUAUGGGACCAGAGUGUAGAAAAGGUAAGAGCAUCAAAUAUUUGCACCAAAAUAAGAGAGGUGUUUUUCACUGAUGCAGGGUUCAUGUAGUCUGUAGUAUUAAGAUGAAUAGGUCCCUUGAAUGAUGGCAGUUGGGUGCACAGAUAUGAGACUUGUUAAGAAGAGACUCAGUCAUGCUCAUGUUGGAGCAAAAAUGAAUACGCAUUCUGUCUGAAAGGAAGAGGGAUUCAUGUUGUGCUUUGAAACAACAGGAUGUCAUGUUGUGCUUGAUCUUUUCUUCUAAUACCUUGUCCUUGAAUGAAAUAACAUUGAUUUAGUUGAAACAUCCUGUCCUCUCGUGCUCAUUCCUCUACUCUUCAGGAUUUCCCAGUUUGAGCUAAACUGAAGGACAAAUAUUGUCCAAACAGCAGGUUCAAAGGAAAACGACUGUGACUAAGAGAGCCUCAGUUCAAUCUGAAUUAUAACACAGCUACCACAUGCAGGACAUUGAAGUAGAUUGUGACAGUCAAUGAUUUCCUUUUGUGUUCCAGCACGUCGUCAAAACUUUACAAUUAUGAGCCAACAAUGAGACAGCAGAAAUGUUUCCGUGUUAUCUCUGCAGUAACGUGUACUCUGAUACUCCUUACUCUGUCUUUCAUCUCACAGCAGCAGAAUGUCAUUCAUGUGCAAGAGGAGAAUAAAAUGACGAUCAAAACCA